AUGUUGGAAUAUGCAAACGGAUGGAUGUAUGUAGCGAUCUCGGCUAUACCUCUUGUCUAUAUAGCGCGGAUGGUCUUGAGGCGUUUCAUGAAAGUCACUGUGAAUUGCUGGUUUUGUAAUGAGAAUUGCAAAGUGCCGUUCAAAGAGCAAAACGGUUUCAUUUGUCCCCGAUGUGAGCAAUAUAAUGGCUUCACCGAGGACGGUGGCUAUAACAAGGAUUUACCUGAACAACGAAUGGAAUAUAUGAAUAAAUAUAUAUCACCCACAAAAAAGGUCUGCUUUCAUCGAUUUUCGGUUGAAACGAUUCAGCGAGAGCAUUUCUAUUUGCUCAUCUUCUCGAAUUGA